AUGGCAGAAUGGGCUAUCGAGGGCACGCCACCACCACUGUCUCUGCCUCUUCACUCGGCUAAAUGGAGGAGGCAUGCAGGUGUGGGGACGCAUCAGGGCAGCACUGUGGAGGGCUCAGGUCCGGCAGCAGAGGCGCCCCGCUGGCUGCCGCUUGAAGGCAAGUCUCCGGGAACGGGUAUACAGUGGAGUAUCAAAAAUAGAUGCUGCUUUUCCCUUUCGCAGCGCCCUUCAGCCCUACUUCUUGGUACAGCGCGGCGUGCGUCACUACAGCUAAAGGUGUGUGCCAGCUUGGUGUUGCUGUCCGCCGCCACGCUGCUGGGCCUCAUGUCCUACUUCUUCGCUGACAAGAAGCAUCGCCGCGCCUUCCUGGAGACGCGACAAUCCCUAGAGGUGAAGAUGGUCAUCGAGGAGCAGUCUAAGGAGCAGGAGCGGCUGUUACUCUCCGUCCUGCCGCAGCACGUCGCCGAGACCAUGAGGCAGGACCUGGGGCGCGGUGGUGACGGCCAGUUCAAAAAGAUCUACAUGAGUCGCCACGAGAAUGUAAGCAUACUGUUCGCGGACAUCGUGGGCUUCACCGCCAUCUCCUCCACCUACACGGCCUCCGAGCUGGUGAAGAUGCUCAACGAACUCUUCGCUCGAUUUGACGGCCUGGCGGAGAAGUACGACCAGCUGCGCAUCAAGAUUCUCGGGGACUGCUACUACUGCGUGUCCGGCGCCCCCAAGGAGAGGAGUGAUCACGCCGUGAACUGCGUGCAUAUGGGCCUCUCCAUGAUCGACGCUAUCAAAUACGUGCGGGAGACCACGGGGUGCACUGUGGACAUGCGGGUCGGCAUUCACACAGGGGCGGUGCUGGCGGGCGUGUUGGGACAGAGGCAGUGGCAGUUCGAUGUGUAUAGCAAGGACGUGGUGCUCGCCAACAAGAUGGAGAGCAGCGGCAAACCUGGUCGCGUCCACAUCAGCAACAAGACCCUGCAGUACAUCGGUGGGGAGUUCGAGGUGGAGCCAGCGUAUGGGGAGAAGAGAGAGGACGCUCUCAGAGCCGCGGGACUCAAGACUUACUUCAUCUCCAAGGUCCUGCGCCCGUACAAACCACGGCCGUCACUUCAGAUGAUGAGGAAUGGCACCAAGAGCUCUUCGUCUCAACCUUCCCGGGACGUUCCCUCCGAAAACACAAUGGCCUCCAGGGACUCAACGACACUCUCCACGGCGGACGAGGCCAGAAUCCUCAAGGCCCUGCAGGAAGGUAGACGCCCCGACUCCUCCUACAAAUAUAAGCUGAAGAAUGAGCUAGUCAACCGUGAUGGUCGCAAGGACCUGCUGAGCCAGACCAGCUGCCUCUCCCUGAGCUUCCGGGACAGCAAGACCGAGCGCGCCUACCACCACCACCGCGAGACCUUCAGCGGCGCUGCCACCACCGCCGUUGCCGCUGGUCGUAGUGCUCAUCGCCCUGGCCAGGUUGCUCGUUAUGCCCAGGUGAGAAAGAGAGAGAGAGAGAGAGAGAGAGUGUGUGUGUGUGUGUGUGUGUGUGUGUGUGUGUGUGUGUGUGUGUGUAGCUGGUGCGGAGUGGUGGUGUACCUGCUGGCGGCUCUUCUACUCAUCGCUAUGGCUUCGGUGUCGGCUGCCCGCUCCUUCCCCGUGAGGGUGUGUGAGAGCCUCCUGCGUGCCAGCGACCGCGUGCACUCAGUGGUGCGGCUACGGGUCACGUGGUUCACUUCCCUGGUGGUGCUGGCCGCGACUGCAAACACUAUCGACAUGUUUCUGUGUAGUGAUCCGUUCACCACCAUGGCCGCGGGUGCCGCUAACACCACAGAGGAGGACCUGCUGAUGGAGGCGAACUUAACCAACGCCACCACCCCACUCACUACCACAGACGAAGCGAGGGGAGGCGUGCCCUGCCCUCACCCCGCCUAUUACUCCUGCUUCUCCCUGCUCAUCCUGCUGGCUGCCUCCCUGCUGGCCCAAGUGAGCUACAUGAUCAAGAGUGCGGUGAUGGUAGUGGUGGCGGCCGUCCAGUGUUGCAUGAACCUGAUGAUGCUGUGGAAACUGCAGCACAACAGCGACCAGGGGUACACGUGGGAGCCCGUCUGUCUGUCGGUGGAGUUGAGUCUCUUCACGCUGCUCCUCAUCACCCUCAACAGACAGACGGAGAAAACCUCUCGUCUGCUGUACCUGUGGCGGCGGGAGGUGGAAGAGCAGAGAGAACGUGCAGCAGAUAUCAGGCAGAGGAAUGAAGCUCUGGUGUACAACAUUCUGCCGCAACAUGUCGCUACCCACUUCAUGGGGAUCAGGAGGAAGAAGCACGAGGAGCUGUAUUCCCAGAGCUAUGAGGAAAUUGGUGUCCUUUUUGCCUCCAUGCCCAACUUUAGUGAUUUCUAUUCUGAGGAAUCUGUCAACAACCAAGGGCUAGAGUGCUUGCGUUUCCUCAAUGAGGUCAUUUCAGACUUUGACCAGUUACUAGAAGCAACUCAGUUUCAUGACAUCAUUAAAAUUAAGACUAUUGGCUCCACAUAUAUGGCUGCCAGCGGCCUCAAUCCUUCCCGUCAGGUGAAGGAAGAUGACCCAGUGAAGGUGAGGUGGGCACAUUUGGCUCUGUUGGUGGACUUUGCCUUUGAGUUGGUGCGAGCUCUACAGUCCAUCAAUGAGCAGUCCUUCAAUCACUUUGUGCUGCGAAUGGGAAUCAACCAUGGACCCAUCACUGCUGGUGUAAUCGGUGCUCGAAAACCUCACUAUGACAUCUGGGGCAACACAGUCAAUGUAGCCUCCCGCAUGGAGUCCACAGGGAAAGCAGGCUGCAUCCAGGUAACUGAAGAAACUACUAAGAUCCUGCAACACUUUGGCUAUGUGUUUGAGCAGCGUGGCCUCAUAGCAGUGAAGGGCAAGGGUGAGCUGAUGACUUACUACCUGGUGGGGAAGGCUGCCAGCCCCCAACAAGUGAACGGGGAGUCGCUAGACUAUUCCCGUGCUGAUGAUGAAACAAAAACUUGAGAACAUGAGGCUGUGUAACAAGUACCAGUAUAAGGUGACCCCCAUCACCUAUCAGCCCCAACAACCCCACCCAAGCGUGGCUGUAGAUUAUGCAGCCCAUGCACUAACACAACGUCAAGUAUUUCACUUAUAUACGUAUAUUUAAAUUUUUAAACACACACACACACACACACACACACACACACACACACACACACACACACACACACACACACACACACACACACACACACACACACACACACACACACACACAAUUUUAGCUCAUAUCUUAGAUACAACUUUGUGAAAAGAUAAGUCUACAUUUUAUGUACAGUAACUACACUAUAUCCUAUAUAGUUCAGUGAUGAAAUAGACUUUCAUUUGUAUAUUCAAAAGUAGGAUUCACUAACAAAUGUACUUCAUCAUUUUGAAUCCACACAUUUAACAUUUAGUAACACUGAAGCCUUCUCCUUGAAUCACGACUUAUUUACCCUACAUUCCACAUGGGGCCAGAAGAGGCCAGCACAGUAACUGCUGGCCUGAAUCUUUUAACAUGAACCAAGGUAGAUAAGAUUUGUUUUUAGAAGUGAUACACCUAAGUGGGAAACUUUGAUGAGGGGGAAAAAUUAAAAGGUAUUUUCCACAUAACACAUCCCCUUAGUUGCACAGCUUCAUAAACAUGUGACAGACAGUUUUGUGCUGGCUUAAAGUUCAGAUUGAACAAAUUGAUAUAAAGAAAAAAGAUGCAUGUGAUUGUGAUACCAGUGAAUAUUUUUGAAAAGCUUUUUUUUUUUCUGGGAAAGAUAUUAUUUAUAUCAGGUCUGUAAAAUAACAUAAAAUUCAUAAUCUUUAUUGACUAGUCAAAACGUAACAUUUUUUGACUAGAAGUGUUAUCUGUGAUUUGCUAGUGUAAAAUGUAACUGCCAAUUGUCUUGAAUGAUUCUGCUCCUCUCUAAGAGUUGCAUCACAGAACCUCUAGAAAAAUAAGACAGUGACUGCUGUAGUUGUUAUGACUCCAUGUGUCUGUAAAACAAUCCAUUGAUAUGUGUUGUCCUCCUCCCACUGAUGCUCCCUGAUGCUUGUGUUGUGUCAGCGUAAAUAAACGUGUCGAAUGUGACUGUAUAGAACCAGUUGAACUCUUAAAGCUUUGGAUGUCUUUCAUGCUGGGCUGGAGGAAGUACUUAAGGCUAUUCUCUGUAGAUGAGACAAAACUUGGGUCAUCCUUUCUUCAAAUACACAUACUUUCUGCCUUACAGUGCUAGUGAACAGAAAAUAAUGUUUCAAAUCAAUAAAAUUUUCAUAACAGCUUGUCUGACAAACCAGGAUGCUGACAGGAGUGUGGAACUUACUCUGAGGACCAACAGGCCAACCUCCCCAGCAUGAUGGCACAAGAAGUAUAUGACAAAACAAGCUAGAAAGAAAACUUAAGGUUUACAUUCACAUUGUAACACAUGUUAGUGCUCAAUGAGAGUAGCAGACACUUCCAUUAUGUGAUGACAGUGCAGACCAGUACUCCAAAUAAGAAGUGCACACAUGCCCCCAUCUCUGCGGUUUCACCACCUUUUAAGAAGCAUUGCAAACACACUGCCCAUUUAAGAUCAUUAUACUACUGUACUUACUUUUUUUUUUUUUUUUUUUUAGUUGUGCAAGGUAAACCUGUUUGUUCACUUUAUGAAUCAGUAUCAUCAUCAUUACUAUCAUUAUCUUUACUAUCAUCAUUGCCAUCAUCAGCAUUAUCAGCAUCAUCAUCACCAUUAGUAAAAUAGCCAUACACCAAGACAUACAUAACUUGGCCCAACCAUCAGCUUCAUUAACAAAGGUUUCCCAAAGUGAGCUAAUACAUGAAUACUUGUCCUAUUCCAAACUGUUCUUAUCAGUUUAUCAGAUUAAUUAUUUUAUUCCAGAAAUAAGCUUCAUGUCAAAUCUUUUCCUUGUGGAUUGGCUGAUACAAAUUAAACAUCACUUUUGAUACUGUAAUUUGAUAUCUAAGGCAUUUUCUCUUCUGGAGAAGACUGACUAAUAAUUUUCAUUUGUAUUAAUAAUUUCAUGUUAAUCCUGUCAGUUGCUCCACUACACAUCCUUGUAGCAUCCAUAUUUAAGAAGCCAUUGCAUAUUAAUCUGAAGAAAUUUUGUAUCUUGAAUUCUCAGCUGUAGAUCUUGAGAGCAUCAAACCAGGGACCACAGGUUGCAAGAGCAAUCAUUGUAGUCAUUUGUUAAAAAUUACAUAUCUCUUGGAGGUAAUCACCAGGUAAUUGGCCAAGUAGUCUUACAAAUAACCAUUUCAUGAUAUAUGUAGGUAGUACAUGAUCCUGUGAAAAUUCUUUUUACCAAAAGCAUUAUGACUUUGGAAUUUUGUUUAAUAUUUGUCUCACAACUAGAAUCUAAAACUGUGGUCAGCAGAACCAUGAAGGUCUGAAUUUCACUGUUGCAUGGUUGUAUUAACAAAGCUGUGUAGUAUUUACAGUACAGGGUGUUCAGAAAGUCACUAUUCUCGGGAGACAAAGUAGUCUGGUUCAUGUGCAGCAGUCUCUUCCUCCAACUUUUUUCCCAGCCCUCCCAUCCCCCUAAGUACCAUAACUGUCUCAGAGAAAUCACACCUAUCCCAUACAAGCCAGAUCAUCUGUUAAAUUCUAGUUGGGACUCCCUAUUGAUAUGGACCACAUUAUUAAGUUGUGUGAGAUCCCUCAUGAUCUCAGUACAUGUGAAUAUACUGCAUUGAUUUAUCUGCCAAUAUUCCAAACAUUUCAGCCUUGGACUCAGUCCAAAAUACUUCAUAAGCCUGACAAGUUUGCUUUCUUGCAGGACUCAAGAGCAGUCAUUAGCACCUAAUAUCAGUAACUAUGUAAAAACCUGCAUCAACUACAGAAUGUAGAUAAUAACAUCACUGACUGAUAUUUAUUUGAAGCUUUGCAAACCCCAAAAACAUGCAAAUGCUCAAGAGAAAGGGAGUGGUACACAACCCUCUUUUACUCCUGAGUCAACAGGGAAAAAGCCAGACACACCACCCACACAUAGUGCAAUAAUGUGGGCAUCUUAUAAGGAUCAGUAGGAGCAACAAGCCUGUGAAAAAUCUUAAUGAUGCUCUACCAAGAUACAGGGCUGGGAUCUGGUUCUUGGUCAGCCAAACAAUAAACAUAACUGUAACACCCUUUCCAAUGGUACAAACUUCUGCUAGUCCACUUUCACUAUGAUAAUAAACAUGCUAUAAUACUAUAUAGCACUUUGAACAACAAGCCAACUCAGAUAUCCUCAUUUUCAGCUUUCAGGAUGUUUUCACUGACACUACAAAUAUUGACUUCCCAUUGUUUAAUUCUGACACAAAUUGUCUCUUUAGCAGAAGGAAGUGUAUUUUAUCUUAUUAAGAUUUAACACCUACCACUCUUUUAUCAGGAACAGCUAGCCAACAGGAAGUGAUACUAAACAUAUAUAGCAGUAACAUUUUUCACAUGAGGAAUCACAACAAAUUAAUUAACGAAUAAAUUAACAUAUUGAAACUUUGGGAAUGAAAUGCUGAAGCAGAGGAUUAUGGGAGAUAAUGCUGUAAGUACAAAGAUACUCAUAAAGGGGGAAGUACACAUACAUAAGUAGCUGGGUUAGUUUUAUAUAACCAAGUCACUACUGAAAGUGGUUGGCCCAGCAUGUAUAAUGCCUUUUGUUUUGAAACUAUGAACUUAUUUAAAUCAAGUGUGUGAGGGGAUACAUGAAGAUCAAACUUCUGAUAGGCCACCCAACAUAUAUGCCAUGUAAUUAGAAAAAUGAAUACCAUGGUUCAGGUGAAUUUUAAUCACUUCAGAGUGUCUCACCACUACACAGCUUUCCUUAUACUUUCUAGGUCAAUUUUGGAUAUUUCAUAGUACUGCAUACUUUUUUUUCUACACCUUCCUUUUAAUUGGCAGUGUUUCCAUCAGGCAACACUGCCCAGACUCCAAAUAGGAUCAUACAUAUUUUGUUUUUUUCUCAAACUUCAUACUUGUCACAAGGAACUCUCACUACUACAAACCACUGUAACACUUAAUUGAUUCAUAAUUUUAAGCAUUGAAAGGAAGCAGCCAGAAAUGGAAUCCUUGACAGAACUCUCAAUAAACAUGAAUCAUUACUAAGUGAAUCAUAACAAUCACCAAGACCCAAAUGAAGAAUGACUGUCCUGCCAUUAAUUUAUUAUUUAUUUUUAUUUAUUUAUUUUAUUUAUCUUUUUUUUUUUAUUCAACACAAGUCUCCUCCCACUGGGACUUCAUAUUCUUGUAGCUGUUUUUCAAUGAAGGGUUAUUACAUAUUUUCUUCCUUCACUUCAUUUUCUUCUAUGAAUUGUGUAUUUUUGCUAAGCUCCUCUUUAGAGGGUUGUGAUCAAAUCAAAGUAGAUAACUUAUUCUUCCUUCACACCAUGUCUUCAUAGGGGAUUUUUAAAGUUACCAGUCACUGUAAUGCUUAUCAUUCUGAAACCUUAAGAAAUGUAUUGUCGAGUAAAGCCAUGAAAUAACAUCCUGGGGAUCCAACACCUGACAGGACACUCCAUUCAUGACAGGCAAGAGUGAAGCCAGCAAUGUGGCAAUGACUGAUAUAACCUUGCUCUCCAUUGAGCCAGUAUAUUGUCAGCUGCUUUAUGAAUAUCUUGGACAUGGCACCAUACUCUCAUCAAGAUUUGUUGCAGUCAUCAUUACCCUACACUUAUUUAGUCUGUUCUUCAAGAGAUCAGUUAUUAGCCAUGUUUUAUCAGUGUUUAUCAGUCCUACUUAAUGCAGUAAACAGGUGUAUUACAAAUAUCUUCACCUAUUUGAUGGUCUAUGAUUUUUGGUCUUCGUAGGUGAAGGAAAUGACUUGAUGUUGAUGGAAGUCACUGAUUCAUUUAAUAUCAGUAUUUUACUCACUUCAUUAUUUUAUUUGUCAAGAGGCAUUCACCAUAACUUUGCAAGUAUACCUACAUUUCUUCAAAAUAAAACAGAACUCCUGAAAGAUUUAAUCUGGAUGUGAUAAGAGAAAGCGAUGGUGUUUCUAAGCAUCAGCCUUGCACCUAUUUUUGUCUCAAAGAUUCAUGGUGUGUUCCAGACCCUGCAACCAUGAACAGCUAAAGUUUUCUGCUUCUCUCCACUGCACAGGCCAGGUGCCAUAGUGCCCCACAAUAAGUCUUCCUUAGUGCCUGUUAGUAACCAUCCUCUCUCACCGGGUUGCAGGGAGUGCAUCAAGGGUACAACAGGUUGACCUGCUAUCAUUCACUUGAACCUAUUAGUGUUGACCGUGUACAGGGCAGUAAAGUCCUUAGAUUUACAUACUUUCCAUAUAAGAAAUCCAAUAAAUGGAAUAACAUAAAAUAAACAUAUUUCUCCAAGAAAUCCUACAGAUAUCCUCCCUUAGACACAUCACAAACAUUUCCCCUCCUCCAUGGGCCCAAACACCAUUCCACUUCCAAAAAAAAAAAAAAAAAAAUAGCGUCAGUUAGACACCACAGGCAUUCACUCUCACCCUCCCCCCCCCAAGACAUAGGUCCAUUAUUCAGUGGUUUCUGCUACGGUGUUAUGGUAGUCAACAAAUGUUCAGCACUAGGCCAAUGUCACAACUAUAACCAAAGAUGAAAUUCGUUUUUAAUAAUGAUGGUGGUGGUAUGCUGGCUAUCCUCUACCCGAAGUGCCAGCGUCGACAACAGUCAGCAUUCCAGUGGGAGACGAGACGGCAGCGAGCUGUGCAGACGCGGCACCCACAAUCAAUAUUUAAUUCAAUAGGCUUAUGGUGGGUUCUUCGCGGGAGGUGGGGUGACAUAUCGGUGGUAAAAGUAUAUACUAUUUUUUGAGAAUAUGUAGACUAUUUUUGUACAUAGCAUCUCUCUAUUUCUAUAACGGCUGACUUCAUGACUACCCUUCAAGGUAUAUUUAGGUAGCAUGGUGUGUCGUGGCUGCGGUGAGUGGUGCCCCGCGCCCUGCCUCGGGCAAAAACCGAAGAAUCGGGUGGGGCGGAGCGGCUGCUCUACAACACCACAGUGAAAAAUCUGUAUACAUGAAUUACCCUGUGUAUUCCCCUACGAAGUAUGUAUACAAUAUGUAUAUGAGUAGGUUGUAAAUGUGUACUCCAGAACCAACAAUGUAGAUGAUUGUGUUGCCGUCGUCAGCUGCUUGUUCAUUUUCACGCGCAGCCUGAGGUUGCCUGUGGUUCGUUAAGUGUUGCGAGAGUGUAAUAAAGUCAUGUGACUCCAAAAAU